UUUUAUCAGCUGAAGCCAAAAAACUCUGACAAAUUUUAAUUUCAUCAUAUUAUGUCACAAAACAGUCAGAUUUCACAACCGGGGGAGAGACUGUAAAAACAAGAAGUACGCAAACGGAACCUCGAUCCCAACCAAUGACUAACAAGGGAUACUUUCUGUGGGCGGAAUUGUCAAAAUCUAUGAACCAAUCGGAGAGCAGUAACCGUGUGAACUUGCGUGAUUGACAGACGGCUGAGCCAAUCGUGGCGCUCCCAAAAGUGCCCUGUUGUUGAGCGUGAAGGGGGCGCGCGCAGAGAGCAGCUACGCAGGAGAGAGGGGCAGAAGCCGAAUGGUGGAGCUGAAGAUGGCGGAUGGAGACAGCGGGAGUGAGCGCGGCGGCGGAGGCAGCAGCGGGGGAGGAGGAGGCGGAGGCGGCGGCUUCCAGCACUUCCAGAGGGACCAGGAGACCCAGGAGCUGGCGUCCAAGCGCCUUGACAUCCAAAACAAGCGCUUCUAUCUGGACGUCAAGCAGAACAGCAAGGGCCGGUUCAUCAAAAUCGCCGAAGUCGGGGCCGGGGGCUCCAAAAGUCGCUUGACCCUCUCCCUGUCGGUGGCAGCGGAGUUCCGGGACUACCUCGGGGAUUUCAUCGAGCACUACGCCCAGCUGGGGCCUAGCAGUCCGGAGCAGAUAGCCCAGGCUUCUGUGGGAGAGGACGGCGGGCCUAGGAGAGCGCUAAAGAGUGAGUUUCUAGUCCGGGAGAACCGUAAAUACUACCUGGACUUGAAGGAGAACCAGCGGGGGAGGUUCCUGAGGAUCCGGCAGACCGUUAACCGUGGACCCGGCUUCGGGGUCGGGGGCCCCGUGGGCGGCAUGCUGGCCGGUCAGACCAUAGCCCUCCCGGCUCAGGGGCUCAUAGAGUUCAGAGACGCCCUUGCCAAGCUCAUAGAUGAUUACGGGGGUGACGACGAGGAGCUGGCCGGGGGCACCGCCGCCGCAGGGGGGUACAGCGAGCUCCCCGAGGGCACCUCCAUCAUGGUGGACUCCAAGCGGUUCUUCUUCGACGUGGGCUCCAACAAAUACGGAGUGUUCCUGCGGGUGAGCGAGGUGAAGCCCAGCUACAGGAACUCUAUCACCAUCCCCUUUAAAGCCUGGAGCAAGUUCGGGGGAGCUUUCUGCAGAUACGCCGAGGAGAUGAAGGAGAUCCAGGAGAGGCAGAGGGAUAAAAUGUACGAGAGGAGAGACGAGUCCGAGGGAGAGGACGUGGAUGACGACUGAGAGGAAAUGAAAAGAAACAGCUGUUAGUCCAUGACAGAUCUGCAGUAUAGCCAGGGGUAUUCAGCAAAAGAUAAAAAAAAGAGAUAAAGUGCAUGACAAAUCGUGCUGUUAUAGCCUACUAAAGUAUCGUGGAGUAAAAAAAAAAACAAGUACAUGUGCAGGGAAUUUUUGGUGUAUUCUAAAAAAAAGUUUGUAGGGUUGAAGGUUGGAGUGGUUGUGUGAAUCUUUGCAAGUGGAUUAAAUGUGCAAAUGAGAUCUUAAGGCAUCUCAUUGGCUGAAAACAAGAGUGCUUUAUUGUUAAAGAAAAAAAAACGAGAAAAAAAGGAAAAAGAACCAACAAAUUGGUCUUUUAUAACAAUAGAAGAAGAAGAAGAAGUCAAGUUGAUGAAUGCUUUCUUAUCUGCAACAUAGUUUCUAUUUAAAGAGUGAGGAGUCAACCUGUUUAAGAUGUUUUACUUGCUCGGUUAAAGGAGCAUCCAUUGUAUUCCUGUUCCAGUCCAGGUCUCUCCUCGGUGGGCAGAUUGUGGGAAUUUUUUUUUUUUUUUUGCAAGUCAGAUGAACCUGAGAGAGGAAUGUAUAGAAAGCUGCUUGGAUGUGUUAUCAGCUGAUGGAGCCGUGCAGCAUCAGCAGCAGGCGGCAGUUAAUCGUAAAGAUUACCCAAAAUGUUAGGGGAAGUUACUGAUGAGAGGAUUAUCUUUUAGCCCGAACAACAAGGGCAUCGCCUGGCGGACUUAAACUAAAGCUUUGACUCCUGCAGUCAGUUACAGUGUGGAUCAGCUGGGUUUUAUGUUAUACAUACAAUCUGAGCGAGUAUUUUUAAUUCUUUCCAGUUUCACUCAACGACGAGGAGGAAAAGCUGCGUUUUCUCUCACCAGAGCAUCCCUGGUGUUUGAGAAGGGCCGCUUCGGAGAGCCGGCAUGUGAGGAGAGGACUGUCCGGGUGGGCCUCCUCUGCCCCCCUUUUAGGACGAAAACAAAGAUAUACUGUAUUUAAAGAUAGAGAUUCACAGUAUAUUUAUAUUUGGGACUAUGAAUGAUGCUCCUCUGCUCCCUCGUGGGUCCAAAUAUCUGUACGGGAGCACCACGUUUGACCUUCCAGCUCUGCCAGAGAUGAUUUUUAUCCCAUCGUCCUCUCUGUCGUGGUCAGGGUGGGACAGACGGACACACAGACGGCCAUCUUUACCACCAGCCUGAGGCCGUUUUUCUGACGUAACAUCUUCCAGACACGCGAAGACCCUGGACAGAAACACACUGAUGAUGGAUGUUUUUUUUUCUUUUCUUUCUUUUGUUUUUUUUUCCAAAAGAGAACUAUAUUGAGAUUAUAGGAAAAUAUUACUGAACGAAACCAGCAAAAGAUAUUUUGAAAUACUUAUAAAGGAAAAAUGUAUUAUAUAAGUUCAAGAUUUAAGAAUAUAAAAGGUUAAUUUCUUAAAACUAAGAUGUGACUCAAACCUCCAGAUUAUUUUUUUGUUUUUCAUAGAGUGAAAGUAUAACUCCUUCCUUAAUUAAAACAAAUUUAAAUGCAAUAAUGUUGUGACUGUAUAUUUUUAAAUGCUGGAAAUAACACUGAGAAACGGCUGAUUUGUGAAUAACAGACGACUGUGAAGAUUAUUUUCUGUCUUUAUUAGUGAAGCUAAACCUGAUUUUUGUUUUCAAAGCAGUGGUCUGAAGAAACAUAUUCAACAAAUCUACACUCAUAUUUGUUUUAAUCACUGAUUUGUCCGCUUAUCAUUUCCUUUUUAUUUGUUUAGAUUGUAAAAUAUGAAAUAUACUUAUGUCCAAACCCAAAAAUAGUUAAUUAACUGUUAUAAAUGCCAACCAGACAUGCAUAUCCUCACACUUAAAAAGUUUGAUGGUAACUUUUGAGAGUUUUAUGUGAAAAGGGAUGAAAGGAAAAACACCCUGAUACUAUUUCUUUUAUUUUCAAAUCCAAACUCAGUUUUUUUUUCCAGUUCUUUGUUAUUUUGUUUGUAUUUUGCUGCGUUUUCUGCUGUUUUUGCCAAAACUUGCCUGAUCAGCUGGGAUAGCACAAAUUAAAUGCCUAAUGGGAACCCGGCACAGUCAAAUCCACACCAGGAUUACCGUGAGGUCAGUGUGAGGAUUUGAAACUAUCACACAUACGGCUCUAAAGGUGAUUGUUUUUCAUUAUUUGCUAACAGGUAAAGUUUCACAAAUGUCAGACAGAGUUGAGUCAGAUCUGCAGAUGUCUCAUUUUGUCAGUCAAGGUAAAAACUUAAAAUAUACUCAAGCUACUCUCUCAGGAGUAAAACCAAACAUACAGAUUUUGCAACAUUGAGUUAUUGAAGAUGGUUUAAGUUGAUCCAGAAAAGGACUCGAAUGAACCCUGAACCCCUCCUCCUGUCUAAAUGCAAACAUAUAUAAUUGUAUAGAUCUUGAACUCCAAUGUUAGCCUGCUUCUUAAUUUUGUCAUCAAACCACACCUUCUGUUUUCACUCAGAAACCCUCGGCGACAGAUCUCACACACUGUGCCUUUAAAGUAUUAAACCUUAGAUCACUCUCCCUGCUGAA